GAGCACGUGCUCUUCCCAGGAUGCACUGUGAGCGCUCAUAAACUUGGAAGUGUGAUAGCGUAUGCGCUGUAUUUUUUCGAGAGAAAAGUUUAUUGUACUUUUGUUACUCCAUCUAUAUCAUAUCAAAGACGACUUAUAAGGAAACGACAUGAGUCCGGAGAAAGAUACUGACACUAAACAGCCAGAAUCCAGCGCGAAGGACUCAGAGACGACAUCGCCCAAGGGUGGAAAGGAAAAGGGAGAUGCCCCCGAGGCAGGUGAAGACCAGAAGGCAAGUCCUGAAAAGUGUGAGCACCCAGCGGAAGUGAAACCAGAAGGUGGUGGAGGUGACAGAAGCGAGGGUGCUGAGGUCAAAGUGAAAGAGGAGAAAUUCACCAAGCAAAAUGGUCGAUCCAAUGCUCGUGGCCCACCACGGGGCAAACCAAAGCGACGCAGAUUCCGAAGGGAGCGGGAAAGCCAAAGCGAGGCAGAAGGGACUGAGGACAGUUCACACGUUGUUGCUAAGCCUCAGCGACAACGGCCCCCCAGAGAAAACUCUGAAACUCAAGCCAGGCCCGACAUGGACGAAGAUAUCCCAGCGGCACACCGUUACAACUGGGUAGAUGAUGUGCAGAAGUGUUCGCUGUUCAUCGGUAACUUGACCCUGAACGUGACCAAGCAGGACAUUCAGGAACUUUCCGAGGCCAUUGUCAGCGUUCGGUUCAUAACCAGGAGGAGUGCCAUAGUGAACUUUGCCAGUGAGCAAGUCGCCAACGAGCAGCUGGAAACCCUGAAGGGUAAAGAGAUGCAGGGUGAGGAAAUCUUCGUUGAGCACCUCCGGCCACGGGAGCGCCAGGUGACAAAGUCAGACAGGGACUUGUACGUGCGAGGUACACCCGAAGACAUCCGCAUGGACACGCUUGGGUCUCUGUUCCCCGAUGCACAGCUGAUCGAACGUCAAACUUCGAAAGUCCGUCUGCGAUUCAAGGACCACGACACUGCACUUGCAGCUAUCCAAGGAGCUAUUGGUGAAGAAAACUGCAAUUUCAAGUUUAGCUUUGCAACUGCACGGCCAAGGUGGAUCCGCAGAGGCCCACAGCGUACAGGUUUUCGCAGAAGGUUCCCAAGACAGGAAACAAGACAGGACUAACCACGACAAUGUUUUGCGGACGCGGUGUGCAAUAUUGACAAGUCGGUAACAUCAGGGUGAUGCUAGCUGUUAAUUAAAAAAUACAUUGUUAAGCAACAUGUACCUUAAAACAAAUGAACUGGUUAAGUUAUAUUUUAUUUUUGCAAGAAUGCUCAAUAAAGAGUGCCUUAGCUGUGUUU